GCACUGGUACUGUCCCAGACUAAAUAACAUUAGUUCUUUCAUAAUCUGCUACCUCCUCUUGCUACCGAUAGAUCGCUUCCAAGACUUUGAUUUUAAAUCAGACACUACAUUCUAAUAGAUGAAACGCGCUCUUUCAUAGCCGCUUUGCGAUUUUGUUAACUUUUUCAAUUCGCUAUAAUACAGCUGAUACCAGCAAUGAUUGAAGUGUUUGAUUGGGCGUAUUAGUGCAUUGAUAUCUAAGGAUGUGGGUGGUAACAUUUGUGAGCAGUACUGGUUGAUUGGAACACAUUAAAAGGAUAAUUGCGUGACAUUUGAAAAGCUCUUCAAAUGAUUGCUACAACUAUGUAACUAAAUCGUUGGAAUUGCUCCAAAAUGGGAUCAGCAAUAAGUACCCGCAGAUGUGUUCAAUUGGAACAAACAGGUACCACAGAACGAAGCAGCAAAGUGUUGUUUUUCCUACAUCGAACAUGGGCAAUUAUUGUUACUUCAAAAACUCGAACUUUGACGCGGCUCAAGAGAAGAAAUGUGGACAAAGACACAGCCAGCGAGUUUACAUCAGAAUAUUCCCAAUAUUCCUUUUGCAGUUGUUCACAGUGCCAAAAAGAUGAUGGCUUCAGUUCCGAGAGUUUCAGUGACUUAUUUGACUCUGCAAGUAACAUGGCACCCAGCUCAGAAGAAAAUACGAGAAGCGAAGGCCAGUUUAAUUUGCUAGACGAAAUCAUUAAUAAGGAAAAACAAAGGCCACCAAUUUACAAUCCCGAAGACUACGCUUUGAUGUUGAAAAAAUGGGGCAAAAAAUCGUCCAACGGCGGUCUGAUGUCGCUUUACUCCACCUCAAGUACAUCAGAUCUGGAAAGUUCUCGAUCUCAAACGAAUUCGUUUCGGGACUACCGAAACCCCAUGCUAACAUCAUCUGGGUCCGAAAUGACUCUCAGACAAUUUGGAACUGUUUCUGAACUACUAACCAAGCUGAAGACAGAUAUGAGACUGGCUUUUCCGAGUUUUGUACAAGAAUUUGCCUCCGAUCCAUUGGAUGGGGUGUCGUUAUUACUGGAUCUUCUCAGAGCCAUUCAGCUUAGCCAAUCUAAUACAGUAAUUCAUGGUCCUCCAGGUUCUUCAGGAACCACUGGAAAGUUACCACCUUCUUUGCAGCGAAGAGCUCUUCUGGACGAACUUUCCUGUCUGCAAUGUUUACUCAACUGCUGUAUUAGGUAUACGGAGUCUCUCAGGAAGUUGAUCUCAUCGUCAGCCGGUUUGUUUACCGUUGCUGUCUGUAUAAUGAGCAACGUAAACAAGUCUCGGAUAAUAGCUUUGCAGCUUCUAGCCAAGGCGUGCGAUCCAUCCAUUGGAGGACAUUCUUCGGUUUCCGAAGCAAUUUCCACAUUAAGACUCCGAUUUGGUGAGCCAGUCCGAUUUAGAUUUCUGGUGGGCAUGAUGAUGUCCACUGGUGGACAAAAAGAAUUACUUUCCGCAGGAUUGAGGUUUCUUAAUAAAUUCAUGGACACAGCUGGAUCUUCUCAAAAACGCUUAUACAUUCAAGCCGAGUUGGAUCAAGCUGGGCUUGAUAUUAGCGUAAUAAAAAAGAAUAUUAGCAAUUCCGCUGGAUUUGAAAAUUUGCUGGACGAAAUCCAGUAUUGGGAAAAGAAAAACAUUAAUAUCGAAAACCUAACAUAUGUCCUGAGUAACUUCAAGAAAGAAAACGCUGCACUUCGAGAGAAAGUUGGAUUACUUGAAAGAAAGAUGCAGUCACUGCAAGACGAAAAGGGAGCGCUAACCUGUGUAGAACGAACCUUGAAAGAACGAUGCAACGAACUUAAAUCAGAAAUAAGAUCCCUAAAAUCCAGUAGGUCUUCAAAAGGAUCGUACACCAAAAAGCGAAAUGAUUCAACACCGAAUGAAGACGAAGGAAUUUCCUCUUCUGAAAGAAGUUUGACUCCCGAAGAAGAAUUGCAAAGAGGCUCCUUGUUUGAAACCUACGGCUCUCCAACUAACCAACUUUCCAAGCCCGUCGCGGAGCUUACAGAUAUCGAUGAUGAAACGACUAUUGACGAAGUAAUUGCCGAGUUGAGAAACAUUAUUAACGACGCUGAAUCUGAAGACAUAGCCAAAAAAGAGCAGAGGAAACUUGAAAAUGAAAAAAGACGCUUGGAGGAAGCUCAAGUGGCCAGCAAGCUUAAGAUCCACAUUGAUGCUGAUGACUACGCUAUUAACAGUGAUAAUGAAAUAAUUCCUGCCGAGCUACAUCCUCUGCCACCACGACGAGCAAAAAGCCUAGUUCAUCUAUUCGUGCCGUCCGAGGACUACUACUAUUGCCCGAAAGAGCUUUUCUUCGAAAAUGAAACGCCCUAUACAAGCACGGAGGGCUCCGAUUCAUUGCUAAGCGCGUCAAAAUGUGGCGAUCAGAGAGUUUCAACUCCUGAAACACUGGCGAUGGGUUCAAGCCUUUGCAAGAAAAUGUCGGAUGUUAAAUCACGAUCAUCGGACAAAAGAACCAAAAGGCAUGUAACGUCUAGAAGCGGUAGCAUUAAAAGGUCAGAGUCGUUUCGGCAACUGAACAAACCAUUUGAGAACGGGAUUGUCGGCUCGUGUUAUUAUUCAACUACAGUUAAUGUUUGCCAGAAACAAAUGAAUCUUGAAACGUAUGACAGUCGAGUUAGUAAUCAUGCUAAGAGCAAAAGUUUAGACAGAAUAGAUAACGGACUAGAUUCCAUGGUGGAUAUAGUUGUUACGAACCAAAGUUUUGAUUUUAAUGGGCACGGAAAGCCUAAGAGUGAUUCAGCCAGGAACACAUCACUGGUCAAAAGCGUUUCAAAUGUGUAUAUUAAAAACAACAUGCGCCCGAAAUUUGGCUCAUAUUGUGAAGAGAAAUCGAUCAUGUUUCUCCCAUCACCCAGUAAUGCUUUAGUGGACACGUCUUGCUAUUUCCCCAGAAUCCAAGAAAAGAAAACAAUUAAUCCGGGCUUCCUCAUAAAAAGAGGCCAUGGAAAUGCGGGAAUGUAUUCUGGACAACUGCAAGGGGAAGGCAAAAGUGGCAGUUUUAGAAAUAAGGAAUUUUUAACUCAUAGUAAUGGAUCUUUGGGCGGGAAGCUAACCGACUUGCCAUCAGGUUUAUACUAAUGCUGAUUUAUUUGAAAAGCUGAAGUGAUAAGACAAAUAUACGUAUAUUAAAAGGUUUAACCGCAACGAAUUUUUCUAGAUCUUUUACCAGUAGUUCAAUGUAAAAUUUUAUGUACCUAAUGAACAACGCAUAUUGUGCAAUAUCUCAUAAUAAUUUAUAUUAGUUAUGGACGUUUAAAUUAAUAUUAGGAACUUAGACGUAAGCGUAGUAAUAUAGCUCGAUGUCCUAUUUUCAACUAACUUUAUUUUUCCAGAUUGAAAUAAAACUUAGUUUCUCUUUAGAUAAAUAUAGAUUUGCUGGUUUUGUUUCUGUUUGUUACACUUUCCUUUUGCAUUGAUAUAAAUGUUAAAAGCAACUUCGAUAUAACUAUUAAGGUUACAUUCAAUAUACCGAAUUAACAACAUUUCAGGCAAGUAGUUGAAAGUAGUUAGGCACACUUUUAAAUGCCAUUCGACUGUUUGCUAAAUUGUAAUAUUAUUUUCCUGUCACUACCGGCAAAGUUAACCUGUUUGUUUUUCACUGCCACGCGCCCCGCAAACCGUUAUUUGAUUAUUUUAAGUCGAAAAUGUUUGGUACUUGUGCUUCGUGGCAACAUGAAAAUGAAGUGAAGUAACUUCAAAUCUUGGCAGAUUAAAAAUUUGCUGAGCACGUCAGGACCAGUUGCAUUAAAAUCAACCGUGCAAAUAUUCGCGACGAAAUUGCUGUUUUAGUACGUGUUUUAACUCGUUUGUGAGCGUGUGAAUAAAUUGUGUCCAGGACAAUGGGGCAAGAAAUUCUUCGAACAGUCGUUUUAGGAAGGAAGAGAAGGUUGCUUUCCUCCAUUAGAGGAAUGAACAAGUCAGUUUUUCUGAAUGAAUCUUGUGUCGAUUGAAUAUUCCGUUUUAUUCUUCAUUUUGCUGCUGAGUGUUCGUAAACAAUUCAGAAUGCACUAAAAUUUUAGAAAAAACGGUUUGCCUUUCCAUGUCGCUUCUUUCCGUUUUUCCUGAGUGAAUUCUAGACAACAAUACAAUGGUAAAAAUUGAAAA